UUGAAGGGCUGCUCGUUGCUGUUGUUGAGUAAAUAACAGUGGAAGAAAAGUCAUUAACGGAAAGGACUAGAGCAAAAUUAGGCCCUUCUUUCCCCUUCUCUCCCCCUCUUUAAAUAAUUUUUCCCCCGUUUCUCACGUGACAAAAGUGUGGUGGUUCAUCCGAGUGACCGAUUUUUGCGGAAAUUCUUGCAUCUGUGUAUGAUUUGUUCUUCUUCCUCUUCCUGUCUUCGUUUUUUCUGGACACUACAAAAUAAAAAAAAAUAAAACAAAAUCCGCGUGCAGGGAGAGUGAGAGCAACACGGUGAAGUGUUGAAAAGCAGGGAUAGAUCUUUUCCCAUUCGAUGGGGAAAGAUUACUACAAGAUCCUGGGGAUCGCGCGAGGGGCGUCCGACGAUGAGAUCAAGAAGGCGUACCGGAAACUGGCGCUCAAGUAUCAUCCGGACAAGAAUAAGGCGGCGGGUGCUGAGGAGCGUUUCAAGGAGAUUGCCGAGGCCUACGAGGUGCUGAGUGACAAGAAGAAGCGGGACAUUUAUGACCAGCUGGGCGAAGAAGGGCUCAAAGGCGCCGGAGGAGCGGGAGGCGGCGCGGGUUCGAAUUACCACUACACGUUCCACGGGGACCCGAGAGCCACGUUUGCGCAAUUUUUCGGCACGUCGAAUCCAUUCGACACGUUUUUCGGCAGUGGUUCCAGCUCUGGAAGGUUCUUCACCAUGGACGACGAGGAGAUGGAAGAUCCUUUUAUGAACUUCGGCGGCGUCCGUGGCGGUCCUUUCAGGUCAGCUUUUGGACGCCGUUCUUCUCGUGGUGACAAUACAGUACGAGAGUCGCAUUCUUUCACGACGGGUUCGCCGCAUUUGGGAAGAACGAAGACGAAGGCCCAGGACCCGCCGAUUGAGUACGAUUUGUACGUGGCACUCGAGGAUAUUGCCAAGGGCUGUGUGAAGAAGAUGAAAAUUUCGCGGAAAGUUACCGGCCCUGAUGGCUCGCAACGGAGGGAGGACAAGGUGUUGACAAUAAGUAUCAAACCCGGGUGGAAAGCCGGAACCAAGAUAACUUUCCAGAACGAAGGUGAUCAGGCCCCGCACAAGAUUCCGGCUGACAUAGUUUUCAUCAUUCGUGACAAGCCUCAUCCUGUGUUUCACCGAGAAGGAAGCGACAUUCGCUACACUGCCAAGUUGACCCUUAAACAGGCCCUGUGUGGUGCCACAGUGGAGGUGCCCACGUUGUCGGGUGCCAAAGUGCCUCUGAACUUUGACGAUGCGGUGAUAUCGCCGAAGACCACGAAGCGGCUACCUGGACAGGGUUUGCCGCUGCCCAAGGACCCGAGCCGGAAGGGCGACCUCGUGGUCACUUUCGACGUGGAUUUCCCCACCUCUUUGCCCAAGGCAGUGAAGGAAUUCCUGCGCGAGAAAUUACCAGCUUGAGAAGGCGAAUAAUAAAUGCUGACAAGCCUGAGAGCAGCAAAAAUGAAGAAGAAGAAGUGGAGCAGAAGAAAGAUUAUGAUGAUGAAGAAGAAGCGAGAGGAAUUUCCUCCCAACAGUGUCUAACCCCCAGGUCGUCUCGAGUGUCGGUGUCUCCGUUUGUUCGGUUUCUUUUCCGUCUUGUGUCGAGAGCGAAAAUAAUUCUUGCAAUUGCUUUUUUUUUAAACCGAGUUUCUUCUUUUCCUUUCUUAUAAAAAAAAUAAUAAUUUGAUCGAAAUUUUGAGCAGCGUUUCAAAAAUUCCCGAAGUUAUUCCGCGACAAUUUGAGUUCUUCUCUGUGACGCGAAUUAUUCCAUUGUUGAAAUCAAAGCCAAAUUACAAUACUUGGCGUACUUACGUUUUUAAAUUUAAAUAAGAAAGAAAAAACUGAGAAGAGUGAAUUGCAGUUGUUCAUAUGACCGAAACAAAUUAUUUUCUGUGUACCUGAUCCAAGUUAUUCCGCAUUAAUUUGAGUUCUUCUCUGUGGCGCGUUUUCUUUCAUGGUUGAAAUCAGCCUGAACUGCGUUAAAUACGCACAUUCGUUCUGAAAUUUCAAUUAAUUUUUUUUAGUGCUAAUUUUCUUCUAUUACUUGAAAAAAAAAUGGAUCGAAUUUCGAGUCGAAAAGUUUUCAAAUGCUCAUGAUGGAAAGAAUUAAUUUUCCGGGAACUUGAUCGAAGUUAUUCCGCAAUAAUUUCAAGUUCUUCUCUGUGGCGCGAAUUUUUCCAUUGUAGAAAUCACCGCGAAUUACAAUACUUCGCAUGAUUACGCGUAUUGAAAAUUAAAUGAAAAACACCGAGAAUUAGGCUACAGUAUUUAGAAGCGAUUUCCCGACGACUGGGAAUGGAUUUUAUUGAUUAUAAUUGAAGUUCGUUCUUCAAUGACUCGUGCGUGUUUUUUUCGUAAUUUACCAUUGCGUAACAUUAUUUUAAAUUUCAAUAUCAAGGUCAUCGAAAGAAACGAAAUGAUGAGGCGAAAAUUUAAAACUUGGUGCUUCUUGGAUCUUGAAAAGGAAAUUUCUAUGGAUUAAGAAUUAAUUAGAUUAAUUAUAAUUUCAGUCCGGUUAAUUAACUCGUGUGUUUCUUUUUUCUUCAAAUUUAAUUAAUUUUCGACCACUGCGUGAAAUUUUUUGCAACCUAAAGUUAUGAGGUCAUCGAAAAAGCGGAAUAAUCGAGCAAUAAGUUGCAACUUGAUUCCCUCCACAUUUUUCGUGAAUCUUGAAUGAGUUUGAUGCGUUUUCCGUCUAAACUCGUGCUCAUGUUUCGCCGUGAAUUCACGAUUUACUUUUCUCCAACCUCGUGUUGAAAUGUCAAUCAAUGAUCGCUCUGACCUGAGGACCGUGAAAAUUACUGCGAGAUUAAUAUUUUUCAAACUCACACAAGAUGGCGGGGAAGAGCUGUCGGGGAAGUUUCAUCUUCCCUGGUGGAUUUUGGGGAAAGAAAAAUCGAUUUUGAAAGAAAGAGGUUCGCUGUUGUGCCGCGCAAAGGGGAAUGACCAAACGCAAAAAAAAAAGAAAGAAGAUGGAGUUGCUAACUUUGUGUGUAGUGACGCGAGAUUUAAUUUAUUUGUUGCUCACGGUUGCGUGUGUAGGGAUUGUAAUACUCGGAUUUGUUUUGUUUUUUUCGAAAGAUGGGGAAGGGGGGGGGGAUUUUUGAGUGCGAGGAAGAAGAAGAAGAAGAAAGCUCAUCCACUGCCUUUUCCACUAUCCAAGGAAAUUUUUUAUUCGUCUUCCGGUUGUAGGAAAUGUGCUCUUCUCUCA